AUGGCUCUAUUUAUCUUUCUCAUUCUUAGUUUCUGCAUAGCAUGUUGUAAAGCUGAUGGAAGAAACAAGAUUCAACUAGAUGGGGAAAACAACCUUCCCAUAGACAAUUAUUUUGAUUGUGUCGAUAUCUAUAAGCAACCUGCUCUACAACAUCCUUCACUAAAAAAUCAUAAAAUUCAGCUUUACCCAACUUUUGCGAAAAAGACAUCAUUUUAUGGUGAAACGGUGAAUGAAUGUCCAGCAGGAAAAGUGCCUCUCUACAACAUGACAAGAAGACAUCAAAAUGUUAAUAAUUCCUCUUCCAAAUUACAAAUUAAUGAUUUUCAGGAAGAUUCUCAAAGUUCCCCUGGCACCUAUACGGUUACUCUUGAUACAACCCAAAACAUGAUAUUUCAUGGAGCAUAUGCGGGCAUAACUGGGUACGAUCUUGUACUUCAAGAUAAUCAAUACAGCAUAUCUUCAAUUUGGGUUGAAAAUGGGCCACCGCCGCAACUUAAUAGCAUAAAAGUAGGACUUGGGAUUCAUCCAAGUUUAUACGGAGACAGCCGAACGCAUUUAACUGCUCGUUGGACGAUAGAUGGUUACAAUAAAACAGGAUGUUACAAUACAAUUUGUCCGGGUUUCGUGCAAGUUAAUCAUAAUAAAGAGUAUGCUCUUGGGGCAAUUAUGGCACCUCCUAAUACUAUUGGGUCAACAAGAAAAUCAUUUGCUUUUCUUAAAAUCAAACAGGAUCGAACUACAGGUCAUUGGUGGUUAAUUGUCGAGUUAAAAUCCGUAUAUGUUGGAUAUUGGCCAAAAGAAUUAUUCAAUCACAUAAGCAAAGGAGCGUCUUUGAUUAGAUUUGGAGGUCAAACUCAUUCCCCACCUAAUAAAGAUAGCCCGCCCAUGGGUAGUGGGAGAUUGCCCAAAGAAAAAUACAAAAACUCGUCUUUCAUGGAAAGACUUCAGAUUAUUGAUUCAGAAUAUAAUGAAGUAGACGUAAAAUCCGAUGAUAUGAAGUCAUAUAAAGAUGCUAAUUCAAAUUGUUAUGACUUGGGAUACCAUGGUUAUGAAGGACCUGUGUAUAGGCAAGCCUUUCUUUAUGGUGGGCCAGGUGGGAGAAAUUGUGGGAUAUGA